AUGUACAAACAUUCAAGUGUGAGUGAACAAGUGUUUGCCAAAUCAUAUCUAGCAGCCAUAGACACUAUGCCAAAGAUCAGCAAGAAAAAAAAGACAACCAAUCUACAAGAUGGCCCUCUUAUACCUCAAGUGCUGCUUCCACCCAACACCAAUGGACUUAAUGUCAACAUAGGACAGCAAUAUAAAGGAGAGCUUGAAGGUGCAGGGGAGCUAAACCAAAACCUAUUUGAGGAGAUUCAAAGCACCAUUUCCACCAGAGAUGAAGAUUUGGUCCCAUUUCUUGUGGCUGCAUUAAAUGAUAAACUUGCCAUUGAGGACAACUCUCCAGGUAUUGUUGUUUCAAAUGCAUUUGGCAUUGUCAUACCAAGACAAAAGAGUGCAAUCCUCAAUUGGGCUAGAGAACUAAGAGCACCUGAUGUUUUAUUGCUUGGUGCUGUGAUAAAAAGUCAAAUUUUCAUCAAGGAUCUUGUAGGCAACCCAACGUGCAAAGUUACUUCAAAAUUGGGCAACAUAUUCUAUUUCAACAAUGUUGCAAAAGCUAUUGCAAAGGAUUAUGCCAACCCUAUAACCUGCUUUGCAAUGCAAGAUUAUCCUGAAGAUGCAAGCAAAGGAAUGACACAGUUUUUUAUAGCCGCAUACAGGUCAAAUUCCAAGGAACCAUAUUCCCUUGGAUAUAAUGUUAAGUGUAAAAAUACAAUGAACAAGCCAUUCUUGCAACAUUUUCUUUUAUUUGAAACUUUGAGGAUAUCUCAAGCAAUUAUGGAUGAGUAUGGAUGUGGUUUCACAGCAUCUACAACAGAGUAUAACAAUGAAAUAAUCAAUACAGCAGGGCUUAAUGCCAACCCAGCUAUUUUCAAAGUGCUGCAAGCUGUAUUUGAAGAUCCUGAACUAUUAGAGAUGUUAGCAGUUACUACUUUCAAUUUAAAACUGCACUCACAUUAUCAAAAUUGCAAAGAAUGCAGCACCCCGAGGUGUCGUAGUGAAUAUCCCUCAUUGAAGGUGUAUGGCUUUCCUGUUAAUGAUAUUGAUGGCCACAGAGAACAGGAUGGUAGUUUAGAUAAGAUAUGGCAGGAAGAGGACUUAAACAAAGAGCAGAGAGAUCUUCCUAACAAUGGUGAUAUUGAUGCACCGCAUAGUCAAAAUAUGCCCGCACAUAGCCAGGCAGCUGGCAUGGCGGUACAAGGUGACAACAAUGUCAGCAAAGAUCCUGCAGUGGUUAACGUUCUUAAAUCUGAGCGGCAAGAGGAGAAGGACAAGUGGAAACGGUUUCAAGCUGCAGAAAAAUACUGGAACUUUGUCAAUCAUCAACUUGUAAAAAUGUGGACAAAAGCAAGGAAUAAUACCAUGAACCAGGCUGAACACAAGUCAAACCUAACACAGCAUGUGCUACUAUAUGUCUUAGGUCUACUGCUAAUUUGGUUAACCAUUACAGGGAAUUUGAUCAUAUUUUACAGCUGGAUCUGGCUGAAUACCCCGGCCCAAAGAAGUCAUUGA